AUGGAUUACGCAAAAUAUUAUGAUAAAAGAAGUGAUUCUUAUGUUGUACAUUUUCCGAAUCAUAAAGGAUUGAGUUUGGACGAACUUAAAGAAACGUUUUCUGUAUACGGCAUAGUUUCGUCUAUAUCUGAUCGUGGAAAUCAAUUCGGAUUAUGUUUUGUGUAUUAUAAACAUCUAGAAGAUACUAUUCGUUGUAUUGAUGGUUUCCAAAAUCACAGCUACAUUAAAAUAUUACCACACAAAAAUAAAAAUAAGACCGUAAUUAACGAACAGGAGAAGAAGACACAAAUGAAGAAUAACAGUAACUGUACUCAUAGAUCUAGCAAUCAAUUUCAGAAAAAUAGAUUUUCUGAACAAAGCGACCAAAGAGAUUCGUCAUCUGAUACAGGAAACUCGUUCCGUGCAACAAAGCAAAACAUAUUUAAGAAUAAUGCAACAGACUAUGGAGAAUCAUCUGAUACAAGUUUGCAUAGUUUAAGAAGUACCAAUGAUGAUAAUAUUAAAACGUCAUCACCUUUAAGACAUCAACUGCACUUUCAGAAGCUAAAAAGAAUCGGAUCGAAUACUUCAAUUUCUUCAAAACCUGAUAAAGAGAGUUCAGUGAUAACGAAUUUUUUCAAAGAAAGUGAAAUUCCAUCCUUGAUCUAUAAUGAUCAGAAACUUACUAUGCAUAAUACAAUACAUUCUACAUUAAAUACAGCAGUUAUUCCAGCUCAUGAAGUGAUUGUAGCUAAUGUCCAUCCCAGUUUAGGGAUACAUUAUAUAUUGCAUCUUUUUGAAAAGUAUAAGCCAAUAUCUGCAUCUCUUAUGAUAACAGUGCCAAAAACUGAAAUUAGAUAUUGCCAUGUUUAUUUUCAAACACCUGGGGAUGCAUUGGCAAUUGAGCAAGCAUUUGACAUGUACUUGUUGCAUGGAUACUAUUUAAUUGUUUUGAGAUCAGACAUGUUACUGAAGGUUGCCCUUUCAAUAUAAUUGUACCUUAAUUUU